CCAUUAUUUUUUUCCCUCUGCAACUGCUGUUACCGCUUACUCUAUUUUCUCCAAAACUAUGCUGCUUUGGCAAUGGAUGGUUUCAGCGCCGAAGAUCUAUCCACGAUUGGGGGAAUAGCAACGGUUUCGAUUCUGCAUUCGUUCAUUCCAACUCACUGGCUUCCAUUCUCCAUUGUUGGUCGUGUUCAGAAAUGGAAUCUCUCUCGAACUCUCCUAGUUACUGCGCUUGGAGCAAUUUUGCAUGUAAUAUCCACUUCACUGCUUGGCAUAACAGCAAUCACGAUGGCAAACACCAUUGCUGGUGAAGAAACAGUGCAUAAGCUUGCAUCAAUGCUACUUGUAGUUCUUGGUGGUGGUUAUGUUAUUUUGUUUUUAAGUGGAAAGGGUGGCCAUAGUCAUUCACACAACCAACCCAUGGAGAAAAUGGCCGUAGCAGGACUUAUCCUUGUUCCUGCAUUGUCUCCUUGUGCUACUACGCUUCCGGUAUUUCUUGCCGUUGGAAACUCGUCUUCCAUGAUGAUACUUGCCAUCAUAGUGCUGCUAUUCAGCACAAUAUCUGUGAUGACAUCGCUAGUAGCGUUGUCAUUCUACGGGGCUAGUCAGCUGAAGUUUCACUGGGUCGAGCGCUAUGACAAACUUCUCGUCGGUUCAGUGUUGUGCUUAGUUGGCAUCUUGACGCUCUUUUUUCAUCAUCAUGACCAUGGAGAAGUAGGUAUGGCUGGAGAACACACUCAUAUUCACAGGAAGAUGAUUUCAUUGUGAGAUAUAUAUAUUAUAUACACAUACAUAUAUCAAAUGUGAGAUGUGAAUUGAUGUGUGAGCUUUUUUGUAUAAAAGAAAAUGUUGUUGGUAUUAAUAGCAUUGAUCAUUGUGGUGUAGUUGAGGUGAGUGUGUACACUGAAUUUACAAUGUGAAGUUAAUGAAGAUUAAAAUCACUACUUUAGUUUAGAUA